AUGUUGGUAGCGUUGCUUGACUGUAAGACGUGCCCAUGUGCGUUUUCUCUCAUUUUACCCCUGACGGUUUACCCGUUUCGUCCGUGUGCUACACCCCCUUUUCUUUGUUUUGUGUUUGUUGCUUUCAUUGUUGCUAACGCGUGCGGUUUAUGUGUUUCUCAGUCAGUGGUAGAGCAGGCGGGAUGGGCAUAUUACCACUGCACUUCUUCUAUUUUAAAAGCCACGUGCAAUCGGCACGAAUGUGAGGGUUCUGCCGCAGCAUAUGCACUAGUGCUGUACAGGCCUUCCAUCCACGGAGAGUGA